UGCUGCCCCUUCCCACUCCCCGCCGGCUCUCGGAGCAGCUCAGUCCCCGCCGCGGAGCCCCGAGGCCGCGCACGCUCGCUCCGGGCUCUGCCCCGCAGGCUCUGCCGGAGAUGCCGGGCAGGAGGCGGUGGUGGGCACGCUGCUGGCUGGGCGUCUGCCUCUCGCUGCUGGGCGCCGGGGGCUGCAGCGGCGGCGGCGGCGGCUCCGAGCCCUGCCGGCUGCCCCCCUGCGGCGGCGAGGCUGCCCCGCCGCCCUGCCGCGGGGCCCGCUGCGGAGCCCGUGCCGGCCGGCCCGCCCGCUCCUUCCCGCACACCGCCACGCCGCUGCGGGCCCCGCAGGGCAAGGCGCAGCCCCCCGCAGCCAGGGGGGGCCCUCCGGAGGCCUGCCCGGCCGGGGGCUGCUCCGCCAACGGCACCCGCCGCGACUGCCAGGGCCUGGAGUGCCGCCUGCCGCCCCGCCUGCGGCCGCGGCCCCGGGGCACCGCCGGCUGUGCCGCCUCUACCGCCGAGGGCUGCCCUGAGCCCGCCCUGCUCCGCGCCGCCGAGAGGGCCGCCCAGUUCGCCGGGGAUGACUUCGCCUACGGCGGGCCCGAGCUGGGCGGAGGCGGCGCCCUGGGGGUGCAGCUGGCCUGCGACGUGAAGCCAGGAGAAAACGAAGUUCCGUCUGAAGACGCCCUAAUACUACAGCUGCACCUUGCAAAAGGACACGAGAAAUUUACUGAAAUGCUAAAAAGCCAGCAGCAAAUCAUUGUGGAUUUGCAGCAAAAACUUGCUGAACAGCAGCACAUACUGGUUAGCCAGCAAAAGGAGAUUCUUGAACAGCAAAGAAAAAUGUAUGAGCAAAUGGAUCUGAUCAAAGUCCAGUAUGGCAUGCUUUUUGACACAGUGAAACAAAUGUCAUUUCAGAGUUUGCAAGAAGAUAUUCAAAAUUAUUUUGAAAGUCAUCUUCAAGGACUUCAGAACCAGGUCAGGAAUCAUCUCCAGAAGUCAUACUCUGUCCAUAAAGUAGAAGUGGAUGCAAAAGUGAUUAAUGUUGGGGAGUCUUUGCUGGACUGUGGUCUUUGUGAAAGUGAUGAAUUUUGCAAUUUCCAAAAGACACCUUCACAAUGUGAAAAAUGCACAUUGUGUCCUGCUGGUUUUUUCCAAAUGGCUGAGUGUUCUGCAAACUCUGAUCGGAUUUGCCAGGACAGAGAUGAAUGUACUGAAUCACCAAGCAUUUGUGGUGAGAGGAUAAAGUGUCUGAAUACUCCAGGUGGCUUCCGAUGCCUUGGAAUUGCUGAGAAAGAUGCUGCUUUGGGAUUGUGUGGAGAGGAAUAUUUCUUUAAUAAGGAAAUGCAGGAAUGCCAGGCGUGUUUGAAAUGUGAAGAUGGAAUGGUGGCUGUGCCUUGCUCCACUGUCAGUGACACAGUUUGCUCAGCAACCAGUGAAAACAAGCUCUCGGAGUCUUGGGCUGCAAACAUCAUUUUACCAUCUGUAAAGUCUGGCAUCUCUCAGGUCUACUCUGGUUUGAACUUGAAGAUAAGGGAAAAGCUUCACCGUGAAAUCCUAUCCAUUGAAGAUACCAGCCUGGUAUUCAGGCAACAUGGUCUGUUGUGGACUGACCUAAAUUUUGCAGUAAAACAUAACUGCAGGAAUUUUUUGCAACUUUCCUUAAAGCUAAAUGGCAGUGAGGAAGGCUACGAACUGAGUGGUGUUCGCAUUGAACAACCAGAAGGAAAAUAUUUCCAGAGCACCAGUUUAAGCAGUGCUGCUGAAGUGGAACCCAGCCAAACUCUUUCUGUGUUUUUAAGGAGCCCAAAUCAGUUCUGCAAUCAAAGUAAAGACUUACAUAUUUAUGAUCUUAACACACCACUAAGUUUGUUUUGGUUGUCUCAUGACACGGGUGCUGUGGCAAUCAGUGCACAGAUGUCAACAGCAAUGCAUUACCAAACCAACUAUCGACCUACCUUUAAAAUAAUUUCUGUUUCCGACCCUUACAUGCUAAGUUUAUCUCAUGAUGGCAGAGCUAUAAAGUUCACUGAAACCGGUGUUGUCAAAUUUGUGUUCCACCAAGCAUUGUAUUCCAUGGGCCAUACGUGUGUCCGGGAGGGUUUCUCCUUAAUUUCUUAUAUAAACAGGAAUGGCACCAACAGAGAAUUAAUGAAUGUAUUUAAAUCUGGGGUAAACUACAGAGACACAUCGAUAUCUGCUUCUGGGGCCACAAAAGUUGCUGCUGGAGAUCUGAUUAGUUUUGAGAUACUUUCUCCUGCACAAUGUAAUGUUCGGUAUUUUGGAGAUAGUUCUGGAAUUAGUAUUUUUAGUCUCAUCUGGAUACCUUCAGCAGUUUCUAGUGCCAUAUCAGCCACAGUUUCUGUUACAGGUCUGCCUACUGGAGCUGUGAGAAACAAAUUACUAGAUUUCACUCAGGUCUCAUCCAGUGAGAAACAGAUACAGCUGGUUUCUUCUGGACAGCUUGCUCAGAAGUACUUCAUUUUUACUGAAAAGGGAGUUGCCAGCCUUGCAUUUAACUUAAAGCUAAUCCAUUCAUGCAAUGUGCUUAAAGUCACUCUCAACCGGUUGACCAUGGAUCACAUGCAACCCACAGCAAUUGCUCAGCAGAUUGGAGGUCAGAUGCCAGAGGGAAGCAUAUGGACCAGUGUGUCCCUCCGAGCAUCCUUUGAAGUACAUAACGGAACGCUGAUAUCAGUUUCUCUUGACUGUGUGCGUGGAAGGAUCAAUCAGAUCACUCAUGAACAUGGAACCAGUAUAUCUAUUUUAUGGAUUUCAUCUUAAUUUCUGUACAGUGGUGUUAGCCCAGAACUGGGGUUUAAAUUGGAUUUGGAUUCUGCUCUAAUUCAAUGUCUGUAUUUGACACCUUACUGUGUGUUGACAUGAACAUACCGUCCCACUAAAAUGCUCUCAAUUUUAGGAAUAUUUAAAGAUAAUCUUAAUUAAAUGAGCAGUAUUUAAAGAAAAGAGAGCUUCCAUUGUUCCAAGAUAGUACUUCUGUUACCAUCUUCAGGCAGGGGAACCACGAAUUCAGCUCAAACUUAUUUUUAAAAAAGCUGUCUUUUAAAAUCGUUUAUUUCUGGACCACAAAAAUUGCAGGUGAGGGUAAAUGCAUACCUUUUAGUGCUGGAACUGAAAGCAGCACAGCCAAGUAAUGGAAACCUGCUUUCACUUUUUCCACUGCAGCAGCCUAACAAGAAGACUAAAUGCACUUUGAAGCUAAUUUGUCUACAUCUUAUAAAAUGUUGUGCUUUCUGUAAGUGCCUCAAACAUGCCAUAGGCUAGAAGCGAUAGUAUGUUAAACAUUCAAGUACACAUGCGCAAUAUUCUUGAAGUGGACCUAGGUCAAAAUAGAACAUUGUUUUUACAAAAUACAAUAACUGUUCUAAACAAAAUCAUUGGAACUAAUGGUCGUUUUAAUUUAAUUUGGAAAUUGUCUGCUUUUAAGUAUUUUUUUUUUUUUUUGCCAGUGAAAGGUUGCAUGAGAAGGAAUGAAGUAUGAAACAAAUGUCUUAGAAAUUAAACUUUUUGAAUUAAACAAAUAUUUAUUCAAUUUAUUAUAAAUGACAAAAUAUUUUCAUGACCAAAAAGGAACACCAUUCACAAGCAUAUUUAUUUUGCUGAAUGCUUAUUUUUAAAAGUUCUUUUGGGGGGGUUAAAUCACUCAGAUAAUUCUAAAAAGAAACAGUGUAUUCAAUGACACUGAUUUUUGUCUUCUACCAACUCUUCAAUCAAACUGCUCUAUCUGAUCGGUGAAGAGCAUUUCCUCUCAUUUUCUCCUUUCUCCAUCAAUACUGCUUCACUCUCCAUUCUUAUCUCUUUUGUUAGGAGCAAAUAGCAUGCUCUGGCAUCCAGCUCGACUCCUCCAGACAUCCCUCAGCGUUCCUACUAAAGAGUGGGUGUUUGUAUGUCACAUGUAAUUAUGGGAGAGGGACAUUAAAUGAAGCCCUCACAGGCUGCCUCACAUCAACCUUCUUGAAAGCAAGACUACUGUGCAUGAUACAGCUUUAUUGUAGGUGCCAGCCUGAGCAUGUAUGUCUAAAUACAUGCUCUUUCCUGUGCACUUCACCUAUUCUAGAGUUUGUUAGAAUUUUCUGUAAAAGUAAGAACCUGAGCACUAGACUUCUGUCUGCUGGUUCGAUUUUUACUUGUGAUUUUCUAAUUCUGUCAUUACCACCUGUGGUUACCUUUCCCUCAUCCUUUUUCUUUGGGUUUACAUUCAAAGAUGUGCAGGCUUUGGACAGAUUGUUCUCCUGUUCUGAACAGACAAUACUGGUUUUCCUUGCUUUCAGCUGUAAGGUCCAAGCAGCCCAUCACUAGAUACCUCACUGGAUGCUGUGUUGAGGCCAGCAUAACUUUGCAAACCACAGUAAGUUCAGUCCUGGUGUCAUGGAAUUCUGUGACAGAGGGCUUCGUGCCUUUGUCAUUCAUUCUUUCGGAGACAUAAGGAAGGAUGGAUUAAAACUGAUACUGAAAAUGUUCAACAUUUGCAAAAUACUGUUAUUAUUACAGAUUAUAUUUGGUAUUGAUAAAGGAAGACUUCUGGGAUUAAAGUGCUUGAAGUGCCUUACUAAAGAACAGAGCAGUUUUUCUGAUUUCUUUACCCUGGGAGUCUAGUGAGACUGAACAAAGAUUAAAUACCAAAGGGGUUUUAGUUUUCUGAUCUGCCUGGCUGCUUAGUAAGGCAAACUAAUCAAAUCAUUCCUAGGAGGUAUCAAAAUCAUCACAUCUUCUCUAACAAACCCAAUCCUAUGAAGAGGUGAUUUUGUGAGGAGUGGGUCAAAGGGCUUCUUCCUCUCAGAAGGCAGCUCGUUGCUGUAUAAGGGACACGUGCUGUAAGAGAUGCUCUGCAGAAAGCAGGCCAAGGUAUUUCUAAAAUAAAACUCCAGCAGAAGACAAUGUGAGAGAAGGCUUGAAAUUAUAUGCUUAUAUUUUUGUUUCAGAAGAAGUUAAGAAAGUCACUUUCUCACAGACAUAACCCCUUAUUUUUCUUUGCUGCUUUGCCAUAUGCAGUUGUUUCAAAGGCUGUCAGCCCCCAAUAUAAUGAAAACUUAAGAGUCAUUCUUGAUUUAAACCUGUGUAGCAGAUAAUCAGAAUCUGAUGCUAGACGUAAUCUAUUACAUCUUCAGCAAAGUGCAGUUGUUACUUGAAUAUAAUAAUCAUUUGCCUAUAUAUAGCAUGUAACAAAUCUAAUGGCAUGAUUUCUAUGUAUAUGUUUGAUAUGGGUGGCCAGUGGAAUUGCUUGAAUAAGGAAGAGACUGAUGCUCAGUUCCUGUAUUAUACACACAUUGGUGGUACUUGCAUUUAAAUUCACCAUUUUAAAGGAUGCAGAAACUACCAGGGAGGUACAAGUGAACAUUAUUACAGCUAAGAGAGAUUUCAGAGUAUGGAUUCUUAAAUGCAGUAAAUCUUUUCUGAGGAUUCUUGGAGGAGUGGCCAUAACUGCCCUUAAAGAGUAGAUUUUUAGAUACACAAGGGAAGACAUGCAGUAUAUUGGACCCAUCUUGUAAAUGGUAAUGCAUCUAAUAUGGUUUUGCUAUUGUUAUUUGUGAUAAGGUACCCACAUGAUGAAAAAAAAUAAUCUUACUAAAUACAUAGUAUUAAUUGCAAUUUACAGCAAGCUUAGCCUUAUUUCAAGCAAGAAAAGAUUGUUUAUUUGAUCCUAAUUUUCAUCUCUCCCUUGAAAAAGAGAAGCCUGAAUCCGGAGCCACUUGCUGACCUUGAUUACAGUAACAUGAAUUUGGAGCAAAUGCGCUUGAAUCAGUGUUGAUUUAUGGUAGUCUAACUAACAGCACAGUAUAUAGCCUUUGUCUCUAUGAAAAUGAUAUAUAUUACCUCAUACCAUGCAACGUUAAGUGGUGUACUACGAUCCUGAGUAAGAUAAAGUUCAAAAGGAAUCAGACAAUUUACAAUGAAUGCUCAUUUUAUGGCACUUAUCCCAUUUGCUGUAAUUAAUUGCAUGCUUUAUUCUUGACAGGUAUAUCCUAUUAAUUAUAUUUACAGCUUUGAUCUUUUUUAUUCGUUUUCAUACCAUUUCUUUCUUUUAGUAGCACAAUAUAAUGCUGUGAAGUACAGAAUUCAUUUUAAAACUUUCUGUUGCAUCUUUUAAUACCAUGUUUAUGAUUAUGCUUAAAACCCUGGAGACAGUCUCCCCACCCCUUGCUUACAGACAGAGUUUCUAAUGGGAUUACUUAUAAAGUAAGGUCUUGUAGAGGAAGUAUGAGGCUAGCAAAAUCCAGUCAAACAGAGGGAAAUAAUACAUCUAGAUAGUCAGGUGCUUAUUUCACUUAUGUGAUGCAGGUACCUGCAGCAACAGGUGGUUAUGAAAAACUUGACCAUUACAGGAGGAAAAUAAUUUAGGUUGAAAAGUGCUGCCAUUGUGAGAGGAUAAAGGAUCUGGUUUACAAAAAA